AUGGAUGAGCAUGUUGCUUCUUUUUGGAUAAACUGGAAUGGUUUUUCGAACCUUGUUGUUAUGGCAGUGCAUUUUGGUGUAUAUGCGCUGGUCAUGAAGAAAGAGAAGAAACAACUUGAACUGGGAAGAGUUGUGAACGAAACAAACGAAAAGCAGGCAUUGAUAUCACUGAUGUGGCUGGUUACAAUCUUUGCAUUCACUUGGUGUACUUGUAUGUUAUCGCAAGCGGUUGUUUCGUGGAUGCCAAAGUCAGAACUGACCUUGUUCGUGGAAAGUUAUGCUUUUAUCUUUGGGAUGAUGGCCUACUCCGCAAACUACUACGUUUACUUCGCAAGAAACCGAUCCUACCGUGUCGUAUUUCUAGAACAGUUAGGAUGCCUGUUGCCUAGCAAAUUCCGAAACGAAGCAAUCUUGAGAGGAGUCCCUCAAAGUUUCCCGACCUUGCAUGCAACUAGCCGAAAACAGUCGAUGCCGGGUCCCAAUUUUCAACCUGACAAUGGAAUGCCACGAACAACUAGCGCUGUUAUACCAAGAGUACAAAAUUCCGCCUUAGCCAGAAGGAAACUAUCAGAGGAACCCAGACGAGAACGUCAUCCUAGAUUUUAUUGAAUCGCUAAUACCACUGAGUGCAAAAAAAGAUCUCCUCCUAUAAUCUUUCGACGGUUAGUGAGAAUAACUUUAUGUAUUCUAUUCCCUUACAAUUCAGUACCAUACUUUCCUUAUUUGUAUGUAUAAAUCUCAAAAAUCG